CUUUUCCUUUGCGUUUGUUCUACCCAAUCAAUUACCUUUCCUUUUUCCUUCACUAUUCCAAUUCCAAAAUUAAUUUUCCCUCAAAUUUACAUCCUUGUAUAAUCCAACGUUGUUUGUCUGUCCUGGCGUCCAUUUAGCAUCAUAUAAUAAAAAAAAAGAUCUCCAUGUUUGAGCCUUGGAAUAUGUUGGAAGUAUGGGAUGGUUGUUUUAGGCUGCCCAAUGAACUGAAAUUGGAUAUGUGUAUAUAUCUCUUAUUUUGAGCAACAAGGUUUGAUUUUUGUUGUGGAGGGAGGAGUCUCUGUCUUGAGAAGAAAAUGAGGAAAUUGUUGCGGCCAAUAAUUGUUGUUCUGUUGUUCAGAAUUGACUGGAAGAAGCUGUUUUUUAUUGGUGUUAUUCUGACAAUAUUUAGGGUAAUGUUUCAAAUUUCCACACUUCCAUAUCCUCUAACGGAAUGGAUUUUCUUCCCGCCAUCAGAGAUCUCAUCUUCCGGAAAUUUGAAUCAUGUAAAGAACAUAAGGGAACUUCCAGUGAAUACAGAUAACCGGUUUAACAUUAGUCAGCAUGCCUCGCUAGUUGUUUCUCUCAGCUCUGCAGAUGGACUGAGUCAAAAAAUGCAAGUUUUGGAAAGACGAGAGCAAGUUUCAAGACAGCGUCAACGUAGGAAGCAUGUGAACGUAGUAGAUAAAGUUAUUUCCCCUCUUUCACCUGUUAGAAAAGUGUCUAACCAUAUGCUGAGACACAUAGCAUCUUUGACUCCAGAUGAGGCACUUGCAUAUGCCAAAAGAGAGAUCGAGAAUGCUCCACUGGUUACUGAUGAUCAGGACUUGUAUACUCCUCUAUUCAGGAAUGUUUCCACCUUUAAGAGGAGCUAUGAGUUGAUGGAGCUUAUACUCAAAGUUUACAUUUACAAGGAAGGGAAAAGGCCUAUUUUUCAUCAACCUUAUCUUAGAGGAAUUUAUUCAUCGGAGGGAUGGUUCAUGAAGCUGAUGGAGGAUAACCGCCAGUUUGUUACAAGGGACCCACAAAAGGCUCACCUGUUCUAUCUGCCAUACAGCGCACGUCAGUUACAAAGGGUACUGUAUGUGCCUAAUUCGCAUAAUCUUAAGCCGUUAACAGUGUACCUGCGGGACUACGUGAACGUGCUAGCUGCGAAGUAUCCUUUCUGGAACCGUACACAUGGGUCAGAUCACUUUCUUGUUGCUUGCCAUGAUUGGGGACCUUAUACUCUAAAGGACCAUGAGGAGCUAAGUAGAAACACUAUAAAAGCUCUCUGCAAUUCAGAUAUAUCAGAAGGAAUCUUUGUUGCUGGGAAGGAUGUUUCCCUUCCCGAGACCACCAUACGGAAUCCCAGGAGGCCUCUUAGAAACCUCGGUGGAAAAAGAGUGUCACAACGCCCAAUUCUUGCCUUUUUUGCUGGAAAUAUGCACGGUCCUGUCCGUCCCAAACUACUCAAGUAUUGGAGAAACAAAGAUGAAUCCAUAAGAAUUUAUGGGCCUUUACCUCAUAGAGUCUCAAAAGUUAUGUCUUAUCCCGAACACAUGAAAUCAAGCAAGUACUGCCUUUGUCCUAUGGGUUACGAAGUGAACAGCCCGAGGCUUGUCGAGGCAAUAUAUUAUGAGUGUGUUCCGGUGAUCAUCGCUGAUAAUUUCGCCCUUCCGUUUAACGAAGUUCUCAAUUGGAGCGCUUUUUCUGUGGUUGUUGCUGAGAAAGAUAUUCCUAGGUUGAAGGAGAUUUUAUUAAGUAUACCUUUGAGACGUUACCAGGCCAUGCAAAAUAAUGUCAAGAUGCUGCAGAAGCAUUUUCUUUGGAACUCAACACCGACUAGAUAUGAUCUGUUCCAUAUGAUUUUGCAUUCAAUUUGGUUUACCAGGCUCAACCAGCUUCAAGGAUCGCAGAUAUCAUAAUUCCUCGAGUUCUAGCUGUUCCAACUUGACAGUCUUUAUGACCUUAAGAGCUCAUCAAUUUGGACGUUGAUAUGACAAACUCUUUGAGAGUUGCAGCUGGUUCAGUUCUUAACGUGUGCACUUGGAAUGAUCCUCAUUGAGUGCUUCUGUGACUUAGCUAGAAAAACAAAACUAGCUGGCUGUAGAAGGCUGCCAUUCCUUAAAAGGAAUUUAGUCAGAGAGAUUACCUAUGUUCCAUGAAUGAAUAAAUCAAUUUCUGAUGGCAGAAUCGAAGGGCAAAAUGAAUGGCGGUUAAAACUUUGUCCAAACAUCAUGGCGCGUUUCACAGAUUUCCAACAUAUAUAUUCAUAUAUUUUCUGCAAUGAUAUCAAGUUUGCAGACAGUGCAAGCAAGGAGUGUUUGUUGAUAUUCAAACUGAGGUAUGAUUAAAAUGUUCCCAGUGAAAUGAAGUGCAAGGAACAAGGAAAUGACAACUAUUUUCCACAUUAAGGAAAAAAGAGAAGUAGAGGGGAGAAGAAAAAGAAAGAUAAAGAUAAUGUAAUUUUUUCCACGUCCGAUGAUAUUCCUCCUUUGCUGUUGCUGUUCUUUAUUUAUAGAUGGGCUAUGACUG